AACCAUCCACUGUUUGCGAGCACAACUUCUGUGCUUUUCUACCAUUUCUUUGAUUCAUUAAUUACACGUAUACAUCUCUAAAAGCCUGUCCUGACAAGUCGAUCUAAAAUGGCGAGUGAUCGAACCUGGUCAACCGGCGUCUUUGACUGUAGCUCUGACUGGCAUAGCUGUUGUUUGACAUGCUGGUGUCCAUGCGUUGCUUUUGGCCGCAUCUCGGAGAUUCUAGAUAAAGGAUCAUCCUAUUGUUGCGUAAAUGGGACGCUUUAUACACUGCUCGGUAUUUUACAUGUUUCUUCUCCUUUUCGACCCUUCUAUUCAUGCUGUUAUCGUACAAAACUGAGAGAGCAAUACUUGUCGGGGGAGAAUCAUUGUAAUGACUUUUGGAUUCAUUGCUUCUGCCAUGGUUGUGCCUUAUGCCAAGAGUAUCGUGAGCUCCAAAAUCGCGGUUUCGACAUGUCUGCUGGAUGGAAAGGGAAUCCGCACAUGCACAAUAAAGCAGUGUCGAUGGCUCCAGUUGUGGAAGGAGAGAUGAAGCGUUAGUAUGCUGGAAGAUUUGCUUUGUGUAUUGUGUUCUGCACGGUCCAUGUUUGACAAGUUGAAGUCACAAGUUGUUAGUGAUAAAUAAAAAAAAAUUAAAGUCAAUAGAAUAAAUUUAUAUUAGAAUCAAUAAAAGCUUAUGAAGUCAACCAUUGUAAAAAAAGUUCCAAAAAUUGUUGUGUUAUGUGUUGUGUUUGUAACAGUAUUUCCCGCAAGUUUGUUUUUGAGUUACUGUGGUAACUUUAUUUAUGUGGUACUCUAGCUUUUAAUGUUGAAUUAAUAUUAAAUAAGUAACCAUGCAGAACGCUA